AUGAACACCGACGGCGACGACGACCGGUCAUCAUCGACCCCAACUGCCGCAUCUAAGUCGGUGUCUGGCCAGGACAAAGAGAAGCCUCGCCUGACUGACCAGGAGAAGAAGAACAACCACAUCGCUUCGGAGCAGAAGCGGCGGGCCGCCAUUCGGGAGGGAUUUGAUCGUCUCACAGAAUUGGUGCCUGGGCUGGAGGGACAAGGCCGCAGCGAAAGCAUCGUCCUACAAAAGACGGUCGAUUUCAUCCACCUAAAAUUGCAGGAGCGGCGAAGUCUGAUCGCAGAGAUUGAAAGCAAAGGCGGCCGUGUGGACGAGUCCUUCCGGCCGUCAUAA